GUCUGUCACGUCAUCUCGCCGCUGUGCUCCUAUAAACAUUGAAGUUCCACGUGAAACGGCACGUACGAAGAGCUGUGCACGUUCCUGUGCACGAGAUAGGAAGCUACCAACGACAGCUAAAACAGACCCGUCAAGACUGACAUUGCGUAUUUUGUGCGUCUUCUCGUUUCUCUGUGUCGGAAAAAUGGUUCUUGGUAUUGACAUGGCCGAGCGGUGAGCACCAAACGCCAUGUCGUCAGAGUAAACCUGAAGUUCCUGUUUUAGCCUGUGGAGCUAUAAGCAGAUGCACCGCGCGUCGACCGUCGAAACGUUCAGUACUUCAUAAACAAGUCGCCGGUAUAACUUAAUAGUUUUUAGUUUCAUUAAUUUUGACUUAACCAAGCAGUCUUGGUAUUAUCCACAUGGAUCGCGGGGGGUGUCGUUUAAAUGGGGUCGGUGGAGAUGAGGGCCAAGCCGGAGAAAGCCAGGGGUCUGGAGGGUCUAACUACGGAAUGAUCACGCUGGAGGACCUGGAGUCCUUCUCCGAGGACCAGCUCUCAGACUCCGGCAACGGCAGUUUGGAAGAGGGAGAGAUGAUGGAAGACGAACAGCAAAACCGACUCCUCCACUAUUGGCAGGACGUCGGGAGAGGACAUCGAGUGGAAGUGCCGGGAGACAUGGCAGAACCCAUUCAGCAGAUAACAACCAAUAAUAAUGGCACACACCCCAGAGAGACAGUUCCCUACACAUUAAUGUCCCGCGAGGAGAAGUGUGGAGAUGUGCUUUAUGAGAAGAGACACUAUGAGAAAGCACACUGGGCCUGCAUCACUGUCAAGGAGGAUACAUAUGAACAGAGCAUCUGUUAUGGCUUCAUGAGAAUAAUGAGAUACAUCUGCCAGCAGAAUUCAUUAGGCAGGUAUCUGGGUAUGACUAUACCUAUUGUGACUGUGGUUAAUACAGAUGAGAUGCACACCACCCUGUCCAGAACAGUCACAGUAGCAUACUACUUGCCCGCAAACCACCAAGAUCAGCCACCACAACCCUAUGACACAGAGAUAGUCAUUGAGCAGUGGCCAGCCACCAUAGUCUACACUAGGCCCUUCGCUGGUGCCACAAAUGAAGUUACCAUAAUCAGUGAGAUUAACACUAUGGCAGAGAUGUUGGAUUCUCCAGUAGUCUGCGUCAGUGACUCGUUCAUUGUGGCUGGCUAUACCAACCCUGCAGCUGCCAACCGUCAGAAUGAGAUCUGGUUCCUUGAAAGGCCCUGAAGUUUCCCAUACUAGAACAGUUCUGUCCCUGAACCUUGUUCUUCAUCCCCUUCUCUUCCCACCCAGUCUUCACAAUCUGCAAAUUUCAACAGUCACUUUGUUCUUCUCAGACAAUGAAAUGAAAGGACAGAAAGAGAGAACGAAGAGAAAGAGUUUCAAGCACUCGAAGAGUCGUUCUAGUUCUCAAGGAUCAAUGGACACAAUUUUGUCAAGAGAUGUGUUAGUUGUGGCUUUUAGCGUCCCAACAAACUAAUAGUAUCUUUCCUAAGACACAAAAGAAGUUCCUUACUUUUCCAACGACUUGUUGAGGUGCACGGACAUUAUCGCGUCAGUUUCCCAGGACUGGAACUCAAACCAAGCAAGCACUCGUCUUUGGAAAUAACACCCAUUCAUGCUAAAGGGCAUAUCUUUGUAGUUUAUGAGCAUUGCUGCUUUCCCAUAUAUAAAGCUAGAAAAAAAUAUACCAUUACUAGUGAUGCUACAAGAACAGCUAGAUCGUACAGGGCAAAGAUCUCUCUUUCUCUCUCCCUUUCUCACACGCGCACACACACACACCUAAACAGACUGAAUGUAUCAGUAAAAUAGAAAUGAAAACAUAAUAGAAAAACAAACCAAAAACUGAAAACCUUCUGCUGUAUGACAGUCAUGCAUGCUAUGUGUACUGUGUACGAUCUCCAUUGUGAAGGUCAGCAUUCCUCAUUGUUAAAGCCAUGAUCACACAAGACUCUAGUAUGCCUACCAGUUCUCCAGUUCUUUAUCUCCUGCAUUGCAUUACACCAGCAUUAUUGAGUGUACACAUACAAGCCACUGGACACUAUUGCUGCCAUAGUGUACAUGAGGGAAAUGUAUACUCUACAGAAAAGACAAACACAUACACACAACAAUUCAAAUGUUAUUUCAAAAGUUAUUUCAAACAUUACUGUUUUUAAUAAUAAACAAUUUUAUUUACUACAACUGUGUGUAGAAUGAUAAACUGAGCUGUAAAUGAUUCCAGAAGUGAGAAAAAUGUAUAACACCAAGAGUUAUAUUCAGAGGUGCAUAGUAAUGCAUUACAUUUAUUGUGCAACAUUUACGUGCAACUUUUUGAGUACUCAUAUAAAUCAUUUAGAGUAUACUUCAUAUUGUUACUUGAGUGCAGCUGUAAGUAUGUUAAUGUUACUUUCACCGCAUUACAUUAGACUGCAUUGUUCCCACAAUUGUUUGUCAUUUUUCCUAAUUUUCUCCCCAAAUUAGUCCGGUCUAAUUUCACCCACUUGAGCACAUGAGCACAGUCUUCCUAUUAAAUAAUGUGAAGCACCAUAUGUGUAUCUUUUUAGCCGCUAACGCAAAAUCUGAGGAGAAUGCUAACUGCCAGUUCUGUUACAUCAGCUAACAUCACACUGAGGGAGGAGGGGAGAGGGAGAGGGAGGGGGAGAGGGAGAGGGAGAGGGAGAGGGAGUGCCACCCACAACGAGUGAAGUAAAUUUUGCUCUCUUGGACUCCUGGCCACGGAUCACCAGGGAUUGAACUUGUGAGAAAUAUUUUACCUUUCAUCCUUAUUUAAUCCACUGUUGUUCGUUAGUCGCACCCUUACACCUCUGUCAAAUCAUAAUAAAGUCAUGUGCAUGACUGCAUCGCUAAUCCAA